CACGAAGACAUUAUUUGAGUUUAAUUUCUUAUCAUGGCUCAAAGUCACGUCAUUUCUGCAAUUUUCCUGGCGUUUGUUUCUGCAAAUAUGAUACAAGGAGCAGUCAUAUUACCAGCAUUAUACCAGAAUGAAAACACUUUUCCUAAUUUUGUGAACGCUGCAAAUAUACCCAGGUUUGGCGAGUUAUCUAGUAAUUUUGCGUCAUCAGCAGCUAAUACAGCAGCAACUGCUUUCAAGGGCUUCAGAACGUACGUCGAUGAUUUCCGUACUGGUCUGGGGCAAUAUGUAACUAUUCCACCUAGAUAUGGUGCAUUGAAUCGUUUCGUGCACGGAGAAACAUGGCCAAAUUUUGCGGGACCAGUAGUUGCUCCUGGUAAUUUGGUAGCGCCAGGUCUUUCACGCGGUAAUGGUGGUGCUGCUGCUGCUUCCGCUGCAAGUUCUGCUGCAUCCGGGGGACGUUAAAAUUAAUUAAUUAAUUGAUUUAAAAAAAUAUCGAAACUAAAA